CAGAUUUAAACCUCGGAUUUGAAUCAUGUUUUCAUUGAAUGUAUUCAACAAAUGGUUUGCAAACAAGUGUUCAAACAAUUGGAGACAUAUUUUGAGGGCAAAUGUGAGCCAAAGUUGCGGUCAUUUGGAUGCAAAUGAAUUGAACACUGAUUUGCAAUUCAAUCGCUUCCAGUGUUUGGCCACUAAUAAGAGGAUUGAAUCCAAGAUUAAGAUUAUUUUGAAUGAAUUGAAAGUAUAUCGUAAUAGCGAUCAAUACAAGCACUUAAUGCCAUCCAAACUAAGUGUCCAUCAAAUGAGACAACUCUUGGAUUGCAGUGAAAGUGAGAGACGAAGAAGAAUUUGGAUCGACUUAAGCCCUCAAAGGAGAAGACAUUUGUUGUCUUUGAUGACCAGAUUGGAGACCAACGACGGUCUCAACCAAUUGACUGAGCCUUUCAUGCCAUACCAGUUUGAGAAGUUUUAUACGAAUGGUCUGAAGAAUGCGUGUCUUUUUGGACAGAAUCUCGUUUUCGACAUAUCCUUCGACAGCCAUAUGUCGACACUUGAGUGCAAGAACUUAGCGGAACAGUUGCACCGAAUCUAUGAUCACAAUCGAUAUGAAUCCAGAGGAAUGGCAUUUCAUUUGAAUUUAUGUAAUGUUAAUGAGAGUCACAAAAGCAUUCAAUUUCUACGCUUUCUGUACCCAACGAUGGUGUCCAACGAGUCUUAUCUCAACAUUACGUCCCAAUCGUACUUAGAUUUGUUCCCAAAGGAGGACCUCAUAUACCUCUCCCCUCACGCCCAGCAAGUGAUGACUGAAUACGAGUCCAACGCUGUCUUCAUAAUCGGAGGCAUUGUCGACAGAAAUCAAGUCUUAGAUCUCUCUUAUCCCAAAGCAAUGCAACAAAAUAUACGAUCAAUGCGUUUACCCAUCGACUCAUUGGUCUCCAAAAGCAAUAUUCAAUCACUGGAUUCAGUGUUCAAAGUUUUGGUUGACUUGAAAAAUUGUGGGCUUCUUGGAGACAAUUAUAUGGACAACCGUUUAGAGACAACAGUACGCAAACAUUUACCCAAACAUAAACUCAAAUCUGUUAAUCAAAUUGCUUUUGAAAAUAUGAAGAAACAAGAAAUCGACGAC